ACCAACAGCAGCAGCAGUAAAGGGAAAGGCAAAGGCAAAGAAGAAGGUGUUUGAGGGAGGAAAUGAAGCAUAGUUUCCUUAGUUUUUGGGGUAGCUCUCAAAAGAAUUAACACCCGGAUGAUAAAGUAGAGAGAUGUUAUAUACAGAAACGAAGACAUGUUCUGAGAAGGCUUGUGGAAAUGGAAGUAAAUUUGAAAGUUUCAGAAUGACUGUUUGGAGCGCAAGAGGGUACUGGACUUGUUCUGGUCAUUGUUUCUCCCCUGGAUGAAUGUGAAUGUAGAAUAGAUGAAAUCGAGAAGCAUCCCCUGUUGUAUAGAGAGUGGUUGUGCAGAAAGUGGGUGGUGUGGUGAUAAAUUUCAAAAAAGGAUCACUGGAAAUUUAAAAAAAAAACAAAAAAGUCCAGCACCUGUCAAAUAGAAACAGUACACAGGCGACUUUUUUUUUGCAGAUUUCAACCAGUUUUCUUCCUCAUUUUCCAAUCAACUCUCGUGGGAGGACUUGGGAGAGGAUUAGAACUCUCUCUCAUAAUAUAUUCAUGGAUGAUUAGAACUCUCUCUCAUUCUUCUCAGAUAAGUCUCGUCACUGUCGUCAUCUCCGCCAGCCAUCCUUGUAGAUGGAAUUUGUGUUAAAUUUUCUUUUUAAGUACAGUCGUGAAUUUGUAGUUGUGUAUAUCCCUUUUGUUCCAUGGACGGAAAAAAGUUGUUCCAGCGGCUACGGUGUGAGAUUAGACAUUUCUCCCACGAACCGAAGAACUCCGUGGAUGGACAAAAGUUGUUCCACUGGCUACGGUGUGAGAGGACGACGAGAUAGCUAUACUGAACGGCGCGAUAGAUUAUACGGUCAAGAUAGGCGAGUACUUAGCGUUGGAUAUGAAUGUGUAUCAUGAUUUUCGAUGCAACUAGGAUCUAAUUGAUUCAUUUACAAGUUUCGUCGAGUCAAGAAGGAAAUAGGCCACCACUGGCUUCAGACUGGCAAAAUGAAAAUUGAUGAUAACGGUCUCCUCAGGAUGCUUGAAUGGUCUCGUUUCGUCUGCCAGAAAGUUUCGGAAGCUAGGAUUCGAGUUGAUUGUGAAAUACUAGAGAACAGAGCUUGGAGGAAGAUUGAAAGAGUUUCCAUCUUGCUGAUGAAAUGAAUCAUAAUUUGGUUUUGGAUGACUCAAAGAACUUCUCCGCGAUGAAAAGCCCAGAGAUAUUAGGAAAGCUUCCAGAAGUAAGACCAAUUCCUAACCAUAUGGUCCAUUUGGAACUUUCAGCAGUGCAAUUUGCAGCUGAACAGAUUCUCAUAUUGUCAAUUACUUCGGUCGUGAUGGUUGACAAUCUUGACGUUGAAGAUUUUGUAGCCAAUCUUAGUUUGCGCCGACCGGCCAGUCUUCGUCUACCACUACUGUAUGUAUGGUGAAGGGAACUUCACCAGCAACAGCACCUAUAAGACCAACCUCGAUCAUGUCCUCUCCUCCAUUGCCACUGCCAAAGAUACUGGCAAUGGCUUUUACAAUUUCUCCUACGGUCAAAACCCGGACUCAGCCAAUGCCAUUGGGCUCUGCCGAGGCGACGUGAAGCCCGAUGUGUGUCGAAGCUGCCUCAAUGACUCUAUAUAUCUUCUCACACAGCGAUGUCCUGAGCAGAAAGAGGCAAUUGGUUGGUAUGAUAACUGCAUGUUACGCUAUUCGAGUCGCCACAUAUUAGGUGCAAUGGAAAUUGGACCCUCAUUCUUCAUUUGGGCUACAGACAACGUAACGGAGGAAGUUCUGUUCGAGCAGAAGCUAGUGACGUUGCUGGAUAGCUUGAGAAGUAGAGCAUCUUCAGGUGGUUAUUUACAGAAGUAUGCAACAGGAGAUGUGUUUGGACAAGGGUUGGGGACAAUUUAUGGGCUUCUGCAGUGCACACCUGAUUUGUCUCAGCUACAGUGUGAAGCCUGCUUAGAUUCAGCGUUUACACUAAUCCCACCAUGUUGUAGUAAAGGUGUGAGAGUUUUUUCGCCCAGCUGUGACGUAAGAUAUGAGAUGUCCCUCUUCUUUGAGCCUUCUUCUGAUUCACCACCUCCACUGCUGCCACCACCGACUCUAGUAUUUACUCCUUCAACUAGUACCACAUCUACAAAGGGAAAGAUGAACAACACAGUACAAACCGUCAUUGUAAUAGUUCUUCCAUUUGUGGCUCUUUUGGUAUUAUUAACCAUCAGCAUCUACACGUUUUUGAACUCCAGGAAGUUGAGGGAAAGACUUGAGACUAGUGAUGAUGAUACUAGCUCUGUGGGCUCUUUGCAAUAUGACUUCAAGACGAUCAGAGAUGCAACGGAUAACUUUUCGACUGCAAAUAAACUUGGAGAAGGUGGAUUUGGUAUUGUUUAUAAGGGUAAGUUUCUCAAUGGACAAGAUGUGGCUGUGAAAAGGCUAGCUCGAGGUUCCCAACAGGGAGACUCCGAAUUUAAGAAUGAAGUUUUAUUGGUUGCUAAUCUGCAACACCGAAAUCUGGUUAGACUUCUUGGCUUUUGCUUCGAGAGAAGUGAAAGGCUCCUCAUCUAUGAGUUCUUACCUAAUUCAAGCCUGGAUCGUUUGAUAUUUGAUCCAAUCCAGCGCAAACAUUUGGACUGGUCGAGACGUUAUAAAAUUAUUGUAGGCAUCAGCCGUGGCCUCUUAUAUCUACAUGAAGAUUCUCAAUUCAGAGUCAUCCAUCAUGAUCUUAAAGCUUCUAAUAUCUUAUUAGAUGCAGAAUUGAAUCCAAAAAUUACUGAUUUCGGAAUUGCAAGAUUGUGUUCAUUCAAUCAAUCUAAAUCUGUUGGUGAUACAAGUAAAAUUAGGGGAACAUACGGGUAUAUGGCCCCAGAGUAUGCACUGUAUGGGCAUUUUUCAGUGAGAUCAGAUGUCUAUAGUUUUGGUGUGCUGGUCUUGGAGAUCCUGAGUGGCCAAAAGAAUAGUUGCUUCCAGGAUGGCGAAAACAUAGAGGACCUCCUUAGCUAUGCAUGGAAGAACUGGACUGAAGGGACGAUCACAAAUAUCAUAGACCCAUUAUUGGCCGGAACUUCCAUUGAUGAAAUCAUGACAUGCAUCCAUCUGGGGUUGCUUUGUGUUCAAGAAAAUGUAGCUAGCAGACCAAACAUGGCUUCAGUUGUUCUCAUGCUCAGUAGCAAUUCCCUCACUAUUCCUGUACCUUCUGCGCCUGGAUUUUUACUGCUGCGCAAUAGCUCAGACUUGCCACAGCAUUUUGAUUCUGCAGAAGGGUUGCACGAUAGCCAAUCUGAGAGUAUUUAUAUUGAAUAAGUGUCAGCAGCCCAGUUUUCAACUCAUUUAUCUUCAUGCUCAUUAUUGUCUUCAGUGCGUAAAGCUUUUGUUCUUUGGAAUCGUGCGGCGAGAGCCUUGAUUUGGCUCCUCUGAAAAGAAAGAAAUAGUAGACUGUUUUUAAGAUAAAAAGUCUUUUGAUGGGUUCUUUUUGUGUGAAUAUACAACAUAUGACUUCUUGGUGGUCUACUAUUCACAAGAAGGUUUUUUUGUAAUUACCGUCUAUUAUACAUGAUUCGAACGCAGAGUUCUUUGGAGAGGGUUUUUUCUACCCUCCGCAUUCAGACUGUUCUUUUUUGGCUGUUUUGUUCUUGAUUG